AUGUACGUUUUGAAAAGAGACGGGCGCAAAGAGCCAGUCAGAUUCGACAAGAUCACCGCCAGAGUGUCUCGACUGUGCUACGGCCUCGACCCAGAGCACGUCGAGCCCGUUGCCAUUACCCAGAGAGUCAUCUCUGGUGUCUAUCAUGGCGUCACCACCAUCGAGCUGGAUAACCUUGCAGCCGAGACCGCCGCUUACAUGACCACGAUCCAUCCCGACUACGCCACCCUGGCCGCCAGAAUAGCCAUUUCCAACCUGCACAAGCAAACCACCAAGCAGUUUUCCCAGGUCGUUGACCAGCUGUACCACUAUAUCAACCCCAAGAAUGGCAAGCCUUCGCCAAUGAUCUCGGACGAAACGUACCGGAUUGUCCAGGAGCACGCCGACGAGCUGAACUCUGCCAUAGUGUACGAUAGAGACUUUUCGUACAACUAUUUUGGCUUCAAGACGCUGGAGCGGUCAUAUCUCUUGAAGAUUGAUGGAAAAGUCGCCGAGAGACCCCAGCACAUGGUCAUGCGUGUGGCCAUUGGUAUCCAUGGCGAUGACAUUCCCAGCGUCAUCGAGACGUACAACCUGAUGUCGCAAAAAUUCUUCACCCACGCGUCGCCAACUCUGUUUAAUGCCGGUACUCCUCAUCCGCAGAUGUCUUCCUGUUUCUUGGUUGCCAUGAAGGACGACUCCAUCGACGGCAUCUAUGACACCCUCAAGACCUGUGCUCUGAUCUCCAAGGCUGCUGGAGGCAUUGGUCUGCACAUUCACAACAUUAGAUCCACCGGGUCUUACAUCGCUGGAACCAACGGCACGUCCAACGGCAUCAUUCCAAUGGUGAGAGUGUUCAACAACACCGCCAGAUACGUCGACCAGGGAGGCAACAAGCGGCCUGGCGCGUUUGCUCUGUACGUUGAGCCAUGGCACUCGGAUAUUUUUGACUUUAUCGACAUCCGGAAGAACCAUGGUAAGGAGGAGAUCAGAGCCAGAGACCUGUUCCCUGCGCUGUGGAUUCCAGACCUGUUCAUGGAGAGAGUCGAGCAGAACGCUGAGUGGACGCUGUUCUCGCCUUCCGAGGCUCCAGGGCUUUCCGACGUGUACGGCGACGAGUUCAAGGAGCUCUACACCAGAUACGAAAAGGAAGGCCGUGGACGCCAGACGGUCAAGGCACAGAAGCUGUGGUACGCCAUUUUGGAGGCCCAGACGGAAACAGGCACGCCAUUCAUGCUGUACAAGGACGCCUGCAACUCCAAGACCAACCAGAAGAACCUUGGUAUCAUCAAGUCGUCUAAUUUGUGCUGCGAAAUUGUCGAGUACUCAUCUCCAGAGGAGGUGGCCGUGUGUAAUUUGGCGUCGAUCGCCCUUCCAGCCUUCGUUGAGUCCGACGACAAUACCAGCUGGUACAACUUCGAAAAGCUGCACCAGAUCACCAAGGUUGUCACUAAGAACCUCAACAAGAUCAUCGACAGAAACUAUUAUCCUGUUCCAGAGGCAAGAACAUCCAACAUGCGCAACAGGCCGAUUGCCGUGGGUGUCCAGGGCCUGGCCGACGUGUUCAUGCAGCUGAGACUGCCUUUUGACUCACCAGAGGCCAGAGAGCUGAACAUCCAGAUUUUCGAGACCAUCUACCACGGGGCUUUGGAGGCCUCUGCCGAGCUGGCCGUUAGGGAUGGCAAAUACGAGACCUUUGAGGGAUCGCCGGCGUCGCAGGGUAUUUUGCAGUUCGACCUUUGGGGCAAGAAGCCAACCGAUCUGUGGGACUGGGACUCGCUCAAGGCCCGUAUCCAGAAGGAUGGACUCAGAAAUUCGCUCUUGGUGGCUCCUAUGCCAACCGCGUCGACAUCGCAGAUUUUGGGAUAUAACGAGUGUUUCGAGCCUUACACCUCCAACAUCUACUCCAGAAGAGUUCUUGCUGGUGAGUUCCAGAUCGUCAACCCGUACUUGCUGAGGGACCUUGUUAACCUUGGAUUGUGGAACGACUCGAUGAAGAAUUUCAUCAUCAAGGACAACGGCUCGAUCCAGAACUUGCCAAAUGUGCCACAGGAGUUGAAGGACCUGUACCGCACCGUCUGGGAGAUUCCGCAGAAAAGCAUUAUCGACAUGGCGGCCGACAGAGGCGCGUACAUCGACCAGUCGCAGUCGAUGAAUAUCCACCUCAAGAACCCAACCAUGGGCAAGUUGACGUCGAUGCACUUCUAUGGCUGGAAGAAAGGACUCAAGACCGGCAUGUACUACCUCAGAACCCAGGCUGCUGCUGCUGCGAUCCAAUUCACCGUUGACCAGAAAUCUGCCGCCACCGCUUCGUCGACGGUUGCUUCGCUCGACAAGCUAAAACUCAAGAAGUAUGUUCCGAGAAAAACCUCUUCGAGCGAGGACGUGUCGUUCUCGUCUGCCGACUCGUCUGCCGUCGAGACGCCUUCGCCGCAGACCGCUCCCACCAGCAUUGAGGGCUCGAUGGCCGAGCUGAGCAUCAAGGAGGAACCUAAAGAGCCUGGGGAGGCAGAAAACAAGGACGCCUCGGAUGAGUACGACAUUUACAACGCCAAGGUCGUCGCAUGUGCCAUCAACAACCCAGAGGCCUUAUCACAGCAAUUCUUUGUGCGAGCGCUAACAAGGCAGAGCGAGAAGUUGACCCCAGAACAGAUCGACGAGUUUAAAGAAGCGUUCAGCAUUUUCGACAAGGAUGGCGACGGCAAGAUUUCCGCAUCAGAGCUAGGCACAGUGAUGAGGGCGCUGGGCCAGAACCCAACGCAGCAGGAACUGAACGACCUGGUGAACGAGAUUGACACGAACGGCAACUCGCUGAUCGAGUUUUCCGAGUUUCUCACCAUGAUGGCAAGACAGAUCAAGGAGCAGGACGUGGAGGCCGAGAUCCUGGAGGCUUUCAAGGUGUUUGACAGUGACGGUGACGGCAAGAUCUCCCAGACGGAGCUGGUCCGCGUGCUAACGACCAUCGGCGAGAGGCUCACUGAGGAGGAGGCCAGACAGAUGCUUCAGGCCGCCGAUACCGACUCCGAUGGCCAGAUCGACAUCGAGGAGUUCGCCAAGAUCCUGCGUGGGAAAUGAGUGUUCACAAAAUGUACUACUGAUACAUCUAUCUACCGUUAAUUCUUUCAGCCUCUAUUAGUGCCCAGAACUUGGCCCCCGUGCGAGGGUAACACGUACCGGUCGCUGCUGACGUCCUGCUCGCGGAUGUAGUGGAUCUGGGGCGGCAGGCGGCCAAUCACGCCUGCCAACGCCGAUUCGACGCGUUCAACGAUCCGGAACGGCGGGUUCGUGAAGUGUUUGAGAUACCCGUAUCCGAGCGCGUAUCCGGCCAAAAUGGCAAACAAAUGACCGAUGAAACUCGAGCUCGGCACCAGAAUACCCACCACAAGCACCAGGAUGAACGGGAUCAUCGUUGUAGGCACGUCCACGGUGUAGAUCCUGGUGUUUUCUGCUGUCUGGGCCUGCAGAUAGUAGUAGUAGCUGAGCAUCGAGAAGCCCCAGCCAGAAGCUCCCAGCACGCUCGUGGUGGGAAAGAAAAGCAUCCCACACAGACAGUAAGGGACGGCCACGCAAGUGGCCAGGAAGUUGAGCACGAUGGCUGUGUGCACGGUGCCAUUUUGCACCUCAAACUGGCACAGGGGCCCGUACAGCGACACCAGGUUGAACAGAAGAUGGACGAAGUUUGCGUGCACGAGCGGGUACGUCGUCAGCCGGCUCAGCUCGAGGUUGUAGAGGGUCCACGGCGUCAGCGACCACUUGUCCAGAAUGGCCGGAUUGGCGACCGAAUAGAGGUACACGAGCACCAGAAACACACACAGCCCAGUCGAGAGCGCGGGGGCACGCUCAGUGGCGGCAAAGAGCCGACGGCCCUGGUCGGAUAUCUGUUGGAACAGCUGUUGGAAUGACAUGAAAAAUGACACAAAAUAAAUAUAUAGCCAAAAAGACCU